ACGGGUUUUCCUAGGGAUCCGAGGUGUGCUGCUGCUGCUGCUGCUGAGCCGGUGCCGGGGCUACGCCCGUGUGCCUGCUGUCUUCCUCGGGCUCCCCGGGGCUUGACCCCCGGGGCUCUCGGCAGGCGUCGGUGAAGAGCCUGCGGAGACAACCUGUGCUCCCACACCCGCCCUUUACAACUCUAUAUCACGACUCCGAGAAGGGGGAGAGAGAGGGGCUGUCGCGACUCCGUGCCGUGUGUCGCCGGGCGGGGCCGCGGGGCCGGGGCUCCUCUAGCCCCCGGGAUGCGCGCGCGAGCCCUCGUCUCCACUUCCUUGUUGCCACUGCCACGACUGGAGCCGCCUCUCUCCGACAGCGGGGAGCGCAAGUGCGCCGGCCAGCCCCCCCGUCGAGCCCCCUGGCCGGGCGCCUCCGGGAAUGUGAGCCGCGCGGCUUGCACGCUUCUCCGGCCAUGGAUGCAUCAUAUGAUGGUACUGAGGUAACUGUCGUGAUGGAGGAAAUUGAGGAAGCCUACUGUUACACCUCCCCUGGGCCACCCAAGAAGAAGAAAAAGUAUAAAAUACAUGGAGAAAAGGCCAAGAAACCCAGGUCUGCUUACCUUCUGUACUAUUACGACAUCUACCUGAAAGUGCAGCAGGAGCUCCCCCACCUCCCUCAAUCUGAGAUCAAUAAGAAGAUUAGUGAGAGUUGGAGGCUUCUCAGUGUGGCCGAGAGGAGUUACUACUUGGAGAAAGCCAAACUAGAGAAAGAAGGUUUGGAUCCUAACUCUAAACUCUCUGCACUGACCGCUGUGGUUCCGGACAUCCCAGGUUUCCGCAAGAUCCUCCCUCGCUCAGAUUAUAUCAUCAUCCCCAAGAGCAGCCUGCAGGAGGAGCGGAGCUGCUCUCAGCUAGAGCUGUGUGUGGCCCAGAACCAAAUGUCCCCUAAAGGACCAUCCCUUGUGUCCAACACUGCCCUGGAGACAGUGCCCAGCCAUGCAGGCAUGGCAGAACAAUGUCUGGCUGUGGAGGCCUUAGCUGAGGAUGUGGGAGCCCUUGCCCAGCCAGGUGCUGUACAGGAGAUCACCACCUCAGAGAUCCUCGGCCCGGAUGUGCUCCUAAAUGAGGCUUCCCUGGAGGUAGGGGAGAGCCACCAACCUUACCAGACAAGCCUGGUAAUUGAAGAGACCUUAGUGAACGGCUCACCAGACCUCCCCACUGGAAGCCUGGCUGUGCCCCACCCCCAGGUUGGGGAGAGCAUGUCAGUGGUAACAGUCAUGAGGGAUUCCAGUGAGAUUAGCUCCUCUGCGCCAGCAGCACAAUUCAUCAUGUUGCCUCUUCCUGCCUACUCGGUUGUGGAGAACCCCACCUCCAUCAAACUGACUACUACGUACACCCGACGGGGCCAUGGGACAUGCACCAGCCCAGGCUGCUCCUUCACAUAUGUCACCAGGCACAAACCACCUAAGUGCCCUACCUGUGGUAACUUCCUAGGAGGGAAGUGGAUCCCAAAGGAAAAGCCAGCCAAAGUCAAAGUGGAAUUGACUUCUGGAGUCUCCUCCAAAGGCUCUGUGGUUAAAAGAAAUCAGCAGCCUCUCACCUCCGAGCAAAAUUCUGCUAAGGAAAACUCUUCCAAACUGACUCUGGAGAACUCAGAAGCUGUAAGCCAGCUCCUAAGUAUAGCUCCUCAAAGAGACGUGGGUGAGGAGAAUGAGUGGGAGGAAGUGAUCAUCUCAGAUGCCCAUGUUUUGGUCAAGGAAACUCCUGGGAAUCGUGGUACAGCAGUCAUUAAGAAGCCAGUGGUCAAGAGUGGUGUGCAGCGUGAGGUCUCUCUGGGGACAGCUGAGAAUGACAGUCCUGGACUAGACGUGCCACCACCAGCUGAGGGGACCAGCACCUCCAAUUCACUCCCUGCUCCUAAAAAGCCUACAGGAGUUGAUCUGCUUAUUUCUGUGCCCAGAGCCCCAGAGCUUAAAGGCAGAGCACGGGGCAAGCCCUCGUUACUGGCUGCAGCAAGACCCAUGAGAGCAAUUCUUCCAGCCCCAGCUAACGUGGGUCGAGGCAGCAGCAUGGGACUGCCCAGGGCCAGGCAGGCCUUUCCCCUGAGUGAUAAGACUCCCUCUGUGAGGACUUGUGGCCUGAAGCCAAGCACGCUGAAGCAGCUGGGCCAGCCCAUCCAACAGCCAUCUAGCACUGGUGAGGUGAAGCUACCAAAUGGCCCAGCCAACAGGACAUCUCAGGUGAAAGUUGUAGAGGUCAAGCCUGAUAUGUUUCCUCCAUAUAAGUAUAGCUGCACCGUCACACUGGAUUUGGGCCUGGCUACAUCAAGAGGUCGGGGAAAGUGCAAGAAUCCCUCUUGUAGCUAUGUCUACACCAAUCGGCAUAAACCGCGGAUUUGUCCCAGCUGUGGUUUUAACCUUGCCAAAGACCGGACUGAGAAAACCACCAAGGUUCUCGAGGCGAGCUCACCACUCUCGGAUGUGCUGAGUGCCACAGAGCCCCUGAGCACAGCCCAGAGGGAGAUCCAGCGCCAGUCAACGCUGCAGCUGCUGCGCAAAGUCCUGCAGAUUCCUGAGAAUGAGUCAGAGCUGGCUGAGGUCUUCGCCUUGAUUCAUGAACUCAAUAGCUCUCGACUUGUCCUGUCCAACGUGAGUGAGGAGACAGUCACCAUCGAGCAAACUUCUUGGUCGAAUUAUUAUGAGUGUCCAUCCACGCAGUGCCUUCUCUGUAGCAGCCCAUUGUUCAAAGGGGGACAAAACUCCCUGGCCGGGCCCCAGGAGUGCUGGCUGCUGACAGCCAGCUGGCUGCAGGUGGUGACUGCCCAGGUGAAGAUGUGUCUGAAUCCCCAUUGUUUGGCCCUGCACAGCUUCAUGGACAUCUAUACAGGUCUCUUUAAUGUGGGAAACAAGCUACUAGUGAGCCUGGACUUGCUUUUUGCAAUCCGAAACCAGAUCAAGCUGGGAGAGGACCCCAGAGUAUCCAUCAGCACUCUUCUGAAGUCAGUGCAGGAUCAGACAGAGAAGACUCUUACCUCAGAGGAGCUGAGCCAGCUGCAGGAGCUGCUGUGCAAUGGCUAUUGGGCUUUUGAGUGCCUCACUGUCCGAGACUACAAUGACAUGAUCUGUGGCAUCUGUGGUGUGGCCCCCAAAGUGGAAGUUGCCCAGAGGAGUGAAGAAAACGUGCUGGCACUAAAGAGUGUGGAGUUCACCUGGCCUGACUUCUUGGCCUCUAGUGAGGUAAAUGUGGAGGACUUUUGGGCCACGAUGGAGACAGAAGUGAUUGAGCAGGUGGCCUUCCCCGCCAGCAUCCCUAUCACCAAGUUUGAUGCCUCUGUUAUUGCCCCCUUCUUCCCACCACUCAUGAGAGGAGCUGUGGUCGUCAACACUGAGAAAGACAAAAACCUGGAUGUGCAGCCAGUACCUGGCAAUGGCGGUGCCUUGGUACGGCUGCUCCAGGAGGGUGCCUGCAAGCUUGAGGAGAUCGGCUCCUACAGCGAGGAGGCGUUGCACUGCCUGCUGAAGCAGUGUGGCAUCCCCUUCGGGGCAGAAGACUCCAAGGACCAGCUCUGCUUCUCCUUGUUGGCCCUCUACGAAUCUGUUCAGAAUGGAGCCAGAGCUCGACAGCCCCCACCUCAUCUCACAGGGGGUAAAAUCUACAAGAUGUGCCCCCAUCAGGUGGUGUGCGGCUCCAAGUAUCUUGUGCGGGGCGAGAGUGCCCUUGACCAUGUGGAUCUGCUCGUCUCCUCCCGCCAUUGGCCUCCUGUGUAUGUGGUCGACAUGGCCACACCAGUGGCCCUGUGUGCUGACCUCUGCUACCCAGAGCUGACCAACCAGAUGUGGGGGAGGAAUCAGGGCUGUUUCUCUAGCCCCACGGAGCCGCCUGUGAGCGUGUCCUGCCCAGAACUCUUGGACCAGCAUUAUACGGUGGACAUGAUGGAGGCUGAGCACUCUGUCCAGCACCCGGUCACCAAGACCACCACACGGCGCAUCGUCCAUGCAGGCACACAGCCCAGUCCUGGCGACCCCAGUGCUGGGCACCACUCCUUGGCCCUGUGUCCUGAGCUGGCGCCCUACGCAGCCAUCCUGUCCUCCUUCGCAGACAGCAAACCAAACAGCGUCCGCCAGCGGCCCAUUGCCUUUGACAAUGCCACCCACUAUUACCUCUACAACCGCCUCAUGGACUUCCUUACCAGUCGCGAGAUUGUCAACCGGCAGAUCCAUGACAUUGUGCAGAGCUGCCAGCCUGGCGAGGUGGUCAUCCGAGACACCCUCUACCGCCUCGGGGUUGCUCAGAUCAAGACGGAGACGGAGGAGGACGCUGAGGAAGAGGAGGUGGCCACAGCCGCAGAGUAAGCCGGGCUCUUGCGCAGGGACCGCACCAUCUCUCUCAAGCCAUAGUAAGGCCCUUGCCCGAGACAGAUCCAUCCAGGUGACCAGCCUCUGAUGCUGGGACUGACCAAAGAGCUUCCAUUUCCUGAGCAUGGUGGAGCCCAGGGGUCCUUGGUUCUCAACCUUCUGGGGGUUGGGAGAGGCACCAGGACACUCUUUACUAGCCCCAAAAGAGCACUUGGGUGGCACCAUAUGUUCAAUAAAGGGGCAGGGAGGCUGAGAGAAGGCAGGUAGCUGCUGGCUUCCCAGGGGUGCCUGUGAAUCGGGGUGGAGGUCCUGGGUGGGCCAAGGCUGCUGAAGUUUCCCUUCCUACCUACCCAGGGACACCGUGUCCAGCCCCUGUGGCCUUUGACUUGGGGGGCUUCAUUAGCUCCAGGGGGUCCCCCUUUGGGCUCUUGAUUCUCCCAGAGGAGGAAUGCAUUCCCCUCCUAUUCUUCCUGCACCCAUAGCUGGGGGCAGCUGAGAAAGGGUGAGCCACAACUCUCUUCCAGGCCUAGCCUCCCUGCCCCAAGCUUUGAGGAAGAGGAUCCCCUUCCUGGUCACUGCUGCUGCAGCCUGCAUCCUCUCUGGACCCUCAUCACAGAGGGGAUGUGGCCCGUGAGCAUGACAUAACCUGGGGGCAGUAGGAAAAACUCCCUUCUGUGAAGGGUAAGCAGACUGGGCCGUAAGGAAACAGCAGGACUGGCUCAAGUGCCCAAAGUUUGCUUAGGGCACGGGAAUUGGCCGUGUUAUUUAAUUUAUUGAGAGGAGUGGAAUAGGUGGCUUUUUCCCCUCCCUCUUCCCCGACCAGAAUAAAGUUUAUUAAAUUAUAUGGUUUGGGUGCAACAAGAGUCAAUUCCAGCCUCAUCGUAUGCAGCUCAUUGUGGUUGGGCCCCAGAGGUGCUGGGGUUGGUCACUCACCGCAGAAG